AUGGAUCCCACGGCGCCGCAGCGCGGCACCAAGCGCCCCCUGCCCGCGACCGCCGCCGGGGACGAAGACGAUGACCGCUCCGCCCUCGGGGACCGCAAGGUGCGGUUCCCCAAGGGGAAGAAGGCCAAGUACCGCGACCCUGCUGCCGCUGGCAGCAGCGGGGAGGGGGGCGCCGCCGCGGAGGACAUCGACGAGCUGAUGAACCCCGAGCUCGCGGCGGUGAAGCGAGCGCGACGGCGCCACCGCAGGGAAGGGGACGACGCGCAGGGCACCGCCAACGUCAAGGGCUUCGAAAUGCGCUACAAGGACGACGCCAACUUUAUCGAUGAUGGUAUUGAGAUAGAACCUUUUAACUUGGAGCAAGAGAGGGAAGAAGGAUACUUUGAUGAAAAUGGGAAUUUUGUGGAGUUUGCAAGAGGCAACGAUAUGAAGGAUGCCUGGUUGGAUAAUGUUGAAGUAGACACCAAAUUUGCUGGAAAGGUUCAAAAGAAAAAAGACAAAGAAGAGGAGUUCCAGGACCUUUCUUCUGAUGAUAUUGGAAAGAUAAAAAGGAGAAUAGCAAACAUGCUUGAACCAGCAGAAACGAUAAUUCAGGCUUUGAAACGAUUGAAGAGUACAUCUACUGACAAUCGGGGAAGAAUGACUGAGGGGACCAAGCACAUAUUUGAUGAGCUGACAGAAGCUGCCAUGAAUCUAAUGGAGAAUGGGGAGUACAAUGUAUAUUCAGAUGAUCGGGAGACAUUUGUACGUGAGGCUGAGGGUUAUGAACGUCUAGCACGUGCCCGACUUGGCAUACCAGAAGUUGAAGAAGAUAUAUUUGCAGACGCCACAGAGAGUGGCCCGACUACCACGUCCUUACUGGAGAUGGACAGUGGUCCUUCAGCUGCCAAUACCUCUGCGACAACUGCUAUAGCAAAUGAUGAUGAUAAUAACUUUGACAUGUUCGGUGAAAAUGACGACACUGAUGUCAAUCCUGAUUCUGAUGCAAAAACUUUAGAUUCAGGUUCCAAUCCCGAGCCAGUACCACAAGAUGCUUCUGGAACCUCAGGUGCUGAAAAGGUUGGUAAUGGAAGUGCAGACUCAGAUUAUGUCUACGAUCCAUCGUCAGGUUACUAUUACAGCAGCAGCACAGGCUAUUACUAUGAUGCUGCAUCUGGGUGUUAUUGCGCUGCAUCUACAGGAACCUGGUACUGGUACGAUGAACAAUCAGGCACAUACACAGAAAUGCACGGCGAACAAACCGGCAUGCACAAAGAAGUAGAGGGAGAGGGGGUCAAGGAGUAG